UUUCCCUCAAAGUUAAACCAUUAUUGUGUAUGGCAUAUCAUUUAGCAGGCUGUCAUCGCCGAUCGUGUAAAGGAUUAUGUUGACUAAAUAUGAUCAUUACGUUGAUACGCAAACUGUUACUGUCUUAAUCUCAGUGGAUGCUAAUGUUAGCAAGCACAACCUACGAAGCAUACGAUUUGGUGACACCAGUCAGUCGUUUGGCCUAGCAUAACUAAGUAAACUGCGGCGUGCUGACAUAAUGGAGGAACCCGCGGCUUUCGAACGGCUUGUGUUCAAAAAUGCUUCAAAUUUCCAGUAUAUGAAGAUUUGUCUAGAAUUGAAGAAUGGGAGAAGAAAUAUUGAGUCCGCGCAGUUCAAACAGCUCAUCAUCUCUGGUCUGAGACAGCUGUAUGGAGAGGUGGGGGCAGCAUUCCCAUUUGACCUGCUGAAGUUUGAUCCAGGUACACUGACAGGCAUGCUCCGUGUAUACAACAGUGGUCUUGUGAAGCUGUGGAGUGCCCUAACCCUCAUUGGAUCUUACCAGAAUGAACUGUGUGCAGUCAGAGUCACUCAGGUUUCUCCUUUUCUUUUAGCAUUGUCUGGAAACAGCCGUGAACUGGGACUUCACUAAGUUUCACCUACAACAAACUGCUCUUGACCUAGCACCAAGAAAAGGGUUGAACAUGAACCUUUUAAGGAGAACUGUUUUUAUGAAACCCAUGUACCACACAUUUAAUUUGGCUUGGUGUGGCAAGUUGAAGCCUUCAUUGACACAGACUCAACGACUGCUAUAUGUCGGGGAACGAGCUUCUCUUGCCAAAGCUUUUAGUGCAAGAGAUGUUGCUCUUUUUGCUGAACUAACUGGUGAUAC